AUGUCAACCUUUUUCGAUGAAAUGAAGAUGUCUUUCGAGACAGUUCCUGUGGAUCGGGAUAACAAGAUUUCAACGUCCGAGUUUUUGGAAGCAUCAGAAUCCCUUGUCAAAUUGUUCGAUCUUUUGGGAAAUGCUGCUUUUGUCGUUGUUCAAAACGAUUUAAACGGGAACAUUGCCAAGCUUCGCAAAAGACUGUUGGCCACUCCCGACAAAUCUGCUACGUUACAAGAUCUAGUUACUAAUGAAAGAGCAGAGGGUAAGAAAACAGCCAGUGAAGGUUUAUUAUGGUUAACCAGAGGCUUGCAGUUCACGGCCCAGGCCAUGAAAGAAACGAUUGAGAACCCCACUACGGAAAUGACUGAUACCUUUAUUGCUGCUUAUAAAAAAACUUUAAGUCAAUAUCACGGUAUGCUAGUGAAACCUAUAUUCAAAUUGGCCAUGAAGGCAUGUCCAUACAGAAAAGAUUUCUUUGCCAAGCUUGGUGCUGAUCAAGAGAAAGUCAAUACUCAGCUUAAGGCCUGGUUGGCUGCUUUGGAAAAUAUUGUUUCUAUUUUGUUAGAAUUCUUAGCCAAAACAUGCAAGGAUUUGUGA